UCAGUAGCGGUUUGACCCAUAUGCGGAGCAGACCGCAGCUCGCUGUUGCUCCGACUUGCCUUCUCUCUGGUCCUCUGUCCACUUCUCAGACGCCAUUGAUUUGCACCUCCGAGCUCAUUCUCUACCUGCUCCUUCGAGAUUUCGAAUCCCCUGCAAGAAGAUGACUUGAAGGGUUGUAGCAGUUGCCGGGAAGAGCAGAGCUUGAUCUCGUAGAGAUGAUAAUGCUGUUUCGCAUUAUCCGAAGCAAGAGAUUGAAUCCGAUACUUCUGGGAGCGAAGAAGAAUCUAUCUUUCUCAGUCCCAUGUAAGUCCUCUAAUCCAACACUCUGCGACUCUUCAGCCAGAAAGCAAUUGGAUACUGAAACCGCAAUUCCUGAAGAGAUCUUCAAGUCGGCCCCGAAGUCAGGCUCCUACAAGCUGGGUGACUCCUCCUUCUAUUCCCUUAUUGAUAGCUAUGCGAGCUCGGGGGAUUUCUGGUCCAUCGAGAAGGUAUUUGAGAGGAUGAAACGCGAGAGUAGAGUCUUCCUCGAGAGGAGUUUCAUUACUGUGUUUAAGGCUUACGGGAAAGCCCGGUUGCCCGAGAAAGCCAUCGACUUGUUCUACCGGAUGGUCGAUGAGUUCCAGUGCAAGCGCACCGUGAAAUCAUUCAAUUCAGUGCUCAACCUUAUUAUCCAAGCUGGUCUAUACAAUCGUGCUGUGGAAUUCUAUUCUAGUAUUAUGAGUGCUAAGGAUGUCAGCAUAACCCCAAAUGUGCUCAGUUUUAAUCUGAUCAUAAAGUCUUUCUGUAAGCUGGGAUUGGUUGAUAGAGCGGUUGAAAUAUUACGAGAAAUGCCCGCCAAGAACUCUGCCCCCGAUGUGUUUACUUACUGUACAUUGAUGGACGGGUUGUGUAAGCAGGAUAGAAUCGGUGAGGCAAUUUGUCUGUUGGAUGAGAUGCAAACUGAGGGUUGCUUUCCAAGUUCCGUGACUUUUAAUGUACUGUUAAAUGGGUUGUGCAAGAAGGGUGACUUGGCACGUGCCUCAAAUCUAGUCGAUAACAUGUUCCUUAAGGGUUGUCUCCCUAAUGAAGUAACUUAUAAUACUCUUAUUCACGGUUUGUGCCUGAAGGGGAAGUUGGAUAAGGCCGUACAACUUCUAAAUCGAAUGGUUGAUAGUAAUUGUGUGCCUAAUGAUGUCACAUAUGGGACCAUAAUCAAUGGACUUAUCAAGGCAGGGAGGGCUGCUGAUGGAAUCCGUGUGUUGAAUUUUAUGGAGGAAAGGGGCUUCCCCGCAAAUCAGCACAUUUAUUCUUCUGUACUAAAUGGGUUGUUCAAAGAGGAAAAAUAUGAAGAGGCGAGGAGAAUGUGGAAGGAGAUGCUGGGAAGGGGCUGCAAGCCCAAUGAGGUGGUCUAUGGGGUGUUCAUGGAUGGACUUUGUCAAGAGGGAAGAUCGAAUGAAGCUGAGGAAAUUCUCCAGGAAAUGACGAGUAAUGGGAUAAAGCCCAAUGCUUUCAUUUACAGCUCAUUGCUGAGGAACUUUUUUAGGACUAGAAGCAGUGAGAAGGCUCUUCUUAUGUGGAAAGACAUGGAAAACAAGGGAUGUGCUGUAAAUGAGUUCUGUUACAGUGUGAUGCUUCAAGGGUUAUGUCAAGAGGGAAAGCUCGAGGAGGCUACCAUAUUGUGGAAUGAUAUGUUGGGAAGAGGAUUUAUGCCCGAUACUGUGUCCUACAGCACGUUGAUUCAUGGCCACUGCAAUUUGGGGGAUGUGAAGAAGGGCUUAGAGCUUUUCAAUGAGAUGCUUUAUCGGGAUUCACUGUGCCAACCUGAUGUAAUUACAUAUAACAUACUUCUUGAUGCUCUGUGCAAGGAAGGUAGCAUGGCAAGGGCCAUAAACCUUUUAAACAAUAUGAUGGACCGAGGGUGUGAUCCCGAUUUGGGUACCUGCAACAUUUUUUUAAAGGCUUUGAGAGAGAAAUUUGAUCCGCCUCAAGAUGGAAGAGAGUUCCUUGACGAACUAGUACUUAGGCUCUUCAAGCGUGAGAGGACCCUCGGAGCUUCAAAAAUUCUUGAAUUAAUGCUGCAGAAACAUCUGCAACCAAAACCGCUUACAUGGGAAAAAGCUGUGCAGCACCUCUGCAAGCCUAGAAAGGUCCGGGCUUCCAUUGACAAGUGCUGGAACCGCUUAAUUUGUUGAUUUUCCAUAGUAAGAUUGUCUUCUUCGCUAAUUAUAUGAGCUGUUUCUGGUUUCUUGUGACACCUGACUUUACCUUUCCAAUACGAUAUUUCAUUAUCAUAUUCUCGUCUUCAGCAGGGUGUAGUUAACUAACUUCACCAGCUUGAUUAGGGUCUCAAAUUAAAAGUUGCUGAUCUGAACUGCCAAGGAGCUGAUUCAUUUGCUGCUGGAGGGAUUUCUUAAGUAACGCAUUUUCUUGGGACAAAUUUGCCGUACAGUCUUCCUUUGCAUUUGAGAAGCUCAUCAUUUGUAGGCUGCAGAAACUGUUCAUAAUAUUCCUGAACUUGGGCUCUACUUAUAUUCCGUGCUUCUAAGUGUCAUGAGAAACUUUGUAAUGAAUAACAGCUUUCAGAGAAGCUUUGGUGGAACAGUAUGAGGUACAAAAUAGGGAGUGUCGGUCUCCACAGAACUGUCUCUGUUAAUUUGUCAUUGUUUUCUGUUCAUUUUGUUCUUGCUUUC